CUUGAUAUAUUAAUAUAAGAGGCGCCUCCUGCAGCCAUUUCUCCAUCUCUCUCAGCAGAGUCCAGCCAGCCAUGGGUAUCGAUCUGAAGGCCGGAGGUAAGAGUAAGAAGACUAAGCGUACCGCCCCUAAGUCAGACGAUGUUUACCUCAAGCUCCUCGUCAAGCUUUACCGAUUCUUGGCAAGGAGGACCGGAAGCAAGUUCAAUGCGGUGAUUCUUAAGAGGCUCUUUAUGAGCAAGAUUAACAAGCCUCCACUUUCUCUCUCGAGGUUGAUUUCUUAUGCUGAAGGAAAGGGCGAUAAGACUGUUGUCCUUGUGGGUACUGUUACCGACGAUGUUAGGGCUUAUGAAGUUCCAAAAUUGAAGGUGUGUGCUUUGAAGUUCACAAAGACAGCCAGGGCAAGGAUUGAGAAGGCUGGGGGCGAAUGCUUGACAUUCGAUCAGUUGGCUCUUAGGGCUCCACUUGGACAGAACACGCUUCUCCUCAGAGGUCCUAAGAAUGCACGUGAAGCAGUGAAGCACUUUGGUCCAGCUCCAGGUGUUCCACACAGCCAUACCAAACCAUAUGUCCGUGCCAAGGGAAGAAAGUUUGAGAGAGCUAGAGGAAAGAGGAAGAGCAGGGGUUACAAGGCUUAAGUUGAUUUCUAUUAUUUAUCUCAGAAUGGUUGUUAUUUGUAUCGUGGCAGUACAAGUUUUGCAGACUCUAGUAUGCAGUUGCUUAUGUUUGCUCCCGUCUUGUUGAGGAUACUUUAUUUUUAUCUACUUUGAAACCAACUUUUAGUUUAAAAUGAUUGUGGUGCAUCAGUUUAUUAUUGAGCAAAAGUCAUAUAAUAUGACUAGUUGUUACA